AAUUUGUUGAUGGGUAAUUCACAAUAAUCACCUAAAUAUAGUAUUACAAACUAAUUUCAAGUUGGUAUUCAUUUAUAUAUUAUCAUCAGAUAUCUUGCAAUAAAAAUACUUAAUUGAAGACACUCUUAAUGAAAACUCCGAUCUGAAUGAUGGAGACAAGAGAUCUCCUAAUAUAGAAGAACUAAAUUCUACUAGAGGAGCAACAAGGAAGACAUCUGAAAUACUGGAAUUGGAUUAAGGAAAACCUCGAAGUAAGAUAAUUCAAACUAAAAUCUUAAGGGUUGAAUAUAAAUUUAUAUGAGACUGAAUUGCCCUAAGCUUUUGAGCUAUUGAAUCAACUGCCUUUAAUAAAAGGAGAAAAGACUAGAUAUUUAUUGACCUCUUAUGAGUCUCCAUCUGGUCAUAAGGCCUAAGCACUUGGCAGUUAACCUAUCAUUUAAUUUAUUAUGUGCAACGAAAGACUCACUUAUUAAGGCUAAUGGUUGAGAUAAUAAAGAGAUGGGUUUGGACUGUGCAUUUACUAGAACGGGUUAAUAUAUGUGGGAAGUUGGAUUAAUGAUCUAAAGGACGGUCAUGGAAGAAUGAUUUAUGAGUAUAAUGACACUUACACUGGAUAUUGGAUGUAGGGAAAGUAUCAUGGGUUUGGAAUUUUUAGUAGUUCUGAAUCGUAUUAUGAAGGAAAUUGGGAAAACGGAGAAAAAGUAUUUUGUAUUAUACUAACAUAGGAUGGUUAAGGAUUAGAGAUUAAAAUGAAUAAAUCUAAAUAUGAAGGGAUGUUUAAAGGGGGAAAGAAAAAUGGGUUUGGAACAAUCAAAUACAUCGAUAAUCAGUUGUAUAAAGGGGAAUUUGUAGAUGGGUAAUACGAAGGAUAGGGAGAAUAUCAUUGGAAUGAUGGGAGUCAUUAUGUAGGAGAGUGGAAAUGUAAUAGGAUUCAUGGAUUUGGAACGUUUACUAAUAAAACAAAUGAUGUUUAUAAAGGUAUAAUCUUGUAUGUAUAAGUUUAGGAUCCUUUGUAGAUGAUAAGAAAAAUGGAAUAGGGACGUUUAAAUGGAGCAAUGGAACAAUUCUAAAAGGAAUUUGGGUUAAUGGAUAGUUAGAAGGCUAAGCAACGAUAACUAAGCCAAAUGGAGAAUCAAUUAUUGAAAACUAUAUAAAUGGAUAAAAGGUUGCAUGAUUACUAUGAUUUUAAGCAAUUUUCGUUUUUCAAUAUACAUA